GCAGCACGAUACAGUAAACUGCAAGUAUCCCAAUCCCAUGGAUAAAAAUGUCAUCUCUGUGAAAACCGUGGAGGAAAACAUUGAUAUAUCAACAGGGAUCAUUUACCGGAAGAGGAUUGCUGUCUGUCAAAAUGUGGUCCCAGAAAUUUUGCGGAAGGUGAACAUUUUAAAGAUACCUGAUAUCCAGUUAGAAGAGGAAUCAUGGCUCAAUCUUCAGGAAAGAAGCAUGGCGAUACAGAGUCACUGUCUUACCUGGACACAGUAUGCAUCUAUGAAGGAAGAGUCUGUUUUUCGGGAAAGUGUGGAAAAUCCAAAUUGGACAGAAUUCAUUCAAAGAGGCAGAAUUUCAAUCACUGGGGCUGGAUUUCUCAACUGUAUUUUAGAAACCUUUGCCAGUGCGUUUUUAAAACAGGGAGCUCAGAAGGAUUCUCUGGUGGAAUCUUAUCUCCUGCUGGAGGACCUUGGUGAUUGUGUCCACCGUUUCCAGGGCUUUAGGCAGCAGGCAGAGCCCCGGGAGGGAAUUAAAAUAAUGGAGAUGCUGCUAAAGGAACAGUGUGGUGCCCCCUUAGUGGAAUAAAGAAUCAUGUGGGAGCUGUGCUGUGCCUACAUUUUCUCAGGAAUAACUUCUUGGCCACAACUCGCCAGAGAUGCAGGCUUCUGGAAUCCACAUUUGACAAUGCCGUGUCGGCAGCUUGAAGAAAAGACCUUCCACCAGCCCAUUCAACCAUGCAGUGCCUGGGAGGCUGCUAAAACAGCACGACCUAUGGCCACGAGACUCCAAGCUGGAUUUUUAUCUCUUAAUGAUUUUACAAAUAAAAAGACAACCCCAUCUAUGCCUGCCCUUUCUCAGGUUUUCCUGAUGAUUGUGUGGUGAUGGUAUCAGAACUGCCAAGGACAUGUUUGCAGCCUGGGAGGCAGUGCUUGGGUCCAAUCGUUUAUUAUCAGCAUCACUGUUCAUCGGAUUGAUGACAGAAUUCUGGGAAUUGAAGGAACCUUGUACUUGAUGUGCAGGGUAUUUGCCAUACACGGACAUGUUAUUCCUGUGUUGAUCUUAAGCCAUAUUUAUAGGCAUAUUUUUGAUUCUCAGGCAUCAGGAGAACUCGAUUUCUAUUCAUAAGUAUUCAGGACAGCUUUUUUAAUAGAAUGUGCGCGCUGUAAUUUGCUUCUUUGCGAGAACACAGAAUGAAGAGAGGGAGGGUAGGAAGAAAUGCACAGUAUAGUCUUGACUGCUACUCACUUAUUUUGGGAUCUGAAGCAAACUAUGAUCCCCUCUCAUUGCCAUCAGGCUAAUGGGGACCAUCAUACACAGCUCUGUCUGCCACGGGGCUGCAAUGAUUAAACAAGGUAGCUUAGUGCAACAAGCACAGGUUUGCCAAUGCCAGGCAUUGCCACAUCUUAACUCAACAAUCAUGUACAUGACUUUCAAUCUUCUUGAAACUCAUGUGAAACAUUUGUCAAAUCGGAGGGUGCCACCAGCUUUGUGACGAGUACACUGCCUGGUGCAUAGAAGCUCAGUAUGUAGAAGCCAUUAGUACUAUUUGACAUCUUUUUGAAAACGUUCUUUUCAAAUGCAAUGUAAGGCAGAAUUACUGUUUGAAAAUUAGAUGACAGUAGUUUGCAUUUCUCACCAUUGGAAGCCAAAAUAUAAAUGCACACUGCCUAACAGAAAGCUUGAAGAGAGGCAGUAAUUUGGAACUCAUCUUCGUUAGAUAAAAAUUGGACCAUUACUGGGAAGUCUGGGAAAAUUGUUCUUUUUUUUAAUAUCUGAAAAAUUUUCCACUUAAUGCAUUGAUGAAUUUCAAAGCAAUUGUUCUUUUUCAUCAGAGCCUGCCAGCGUGACCCUCCUCUCAUUGUAUUCCAGCUAUUUGUGCUGCCCGAGUUUUGUUUAAGAUAAUUCCCCUUCAUGUCCUUACUGUUUUAUUCUUCAAUUGUGUUGGAGGGAAAAUUAAUGGCAGAAACUAGAAUACAGUUUGACCUUGGUUACCAGUUAGUAAAUGGCAGUUUGGGAUGCUUUUGGAAUAAAAACCCAAUUCCCAAAGAAAGAAAAAACAGAGGCAAUCAAUGUGAAUUAUAGUAGAGGUAAGAGGCAAGAAUUUGAAUUUGGUUUGACAUUGGACUCUACUUAACUCCUAUUCUCAAUAACUUUCUUGCUGUCAGGUAGGGUUCUCAACAUUGGCUUCCCCUUUGGGUUGCCCGGGGAGCUUUAAACAAUCCAGAUGGCCAGGCUGAACCCCAGACACACGAGGAAUCAGAAUUUCCAGGGGUGGGACCCAGGCAUUAAUAGUUUUAAAAGCUUUCUAGGCAAUGUGCAGUUAAAUUUUUGAGCAUUAAGGGAUGAAUCCUAGGUGAUUUGCAGACAUGAUCUAAAAUGGACAAUCAACACUUCGGAGAUAGAAAAUGAUUUUUAUUAGCAAGGCAAAGAGUGGAAUAUUUCGACCCACCCAUUGCCAUCGAGUGAUGCUGGCCGAGAGUGACCAAAUAGGACAGGGAGGAACAGCUCCUUAGGGUUUCCGACACUUAAAUGUUCUGGGGAACAGACAGCUUUAUCUCUCCUGAGGAAGGACUGUGAGUUUGAACUGCUGCCUUUUCACUUCACAGCCCAGUACUUGUCCCGCAGCACCAGCAAGACUCAUUCGAGCGAAGCACGGAGCUACUGGAUUUUAAUGCAUGGAAGUGGCCUGUGUGCAUGCUGACGGAGACCUGGCAGGAGACCUGCUGAGUGAUGUAGGCAAGUGGCCCCUGGACAGAACUGGAAGCCCACACUUGGUUAAAGGUGGACUGCUAUGCAUCACAGUGUGAUCACGGGGCUCAUCUUUCUAGUUUUUCCAAUUUUCAAUGUCUUAGGAGCAGACAGAAGUGACAAAAAAAGUAUGAAAGAAAUUCUCCAAUUUUUAUAUAGUGGCAAAGCAUUCAGAAUUCAAACAAACAAACAAAAAAGUAAAAGACUGUGCUGUCCAAACAAAACAUGUUUCCCAGCCAGGAGAUUCCAGCCUCUGCUUCAAAGAUGUUAAGGACCAGUCUGAACAUCCCGACCAACUUUUAAUAGAUUUGCAUUUUCCUGUUCCAGAUGUAAACUGCAUUCAGCAUCCAUCGCUUUAGGCUUUACAUACCUGGUUUAGAAAGUGUUUGCUUAAAAUUAAAGUAUGCUGGGGGUUAUUUUUGAUUAUAUGUUACAAUCCCUUUCUUAUGACAAUGUAUAUGGAAAUCCACAUUUAAUUUGAUUCUGUUGUCUAUGAGCUAGUGUGAGAAAUGCCCAAACUGGCACUAUAGGCUUAUUGGGCAUAGCAGGGACAGGGCUGGGAAAGGGUUAAUGCAGUCACAUGGCUCCUAAAAUCAAUAAUCUAUUCUGUGAAAUUGGAUGAUUUGUGAUGUGUUGUGUGACCACCACAUAGAGAUGCUUGGGUGCUUGUCACAAAGUAAUACCUGCUUGUUAUUAUGAACAAUUGUAUGUACUAGGAAUUUUUAACAUGACAGACUUUAUGGGGAUUGCAACCAUGGAUAUAUAGAGGGGUUUCAAAAAGCUUAUGGAAAAAUGCAUAUCGUUGCAUGAACUUUCUGCAGCCCCCUUGUCUGUGGUUGGAUGUUGCCUGAAUGGGUAUUAUGCGAUGAGGGACUAUACACAGCCCCAGCCAAUGUCUUCUUUCUUGAAGUGGGAGCUUGCAAUUUAGGAUGAAAAUUGACUGCAGUUGUUCUUUGAUUUGAGGGUACACAAGAAAUCCUAGGGGUGGAGAGAUUGUUAAAAUACAGAGUGCCAUAUCCCUCCUCCAGCCAUUGCAGUUCAUGACACUGAGUUGGGACUCAGGAAAUCUACAAUUUCUAGAAAGUUCUUCAGGAGUUUCCGAUGUGUCCUUCCACAGACUGCAUUUUGAGGCACCCUGUUGUCAUACUGGCUUCUCUGUCUGCUGCUGUUUAGGAAGCUUUCGCAGUCAUUUGGGUCCACUGAUCAUUACCGUUGAUCACUCAGGACCACAUAAAAUGUUCUUUUGCAGGAAGAGGCUGACUUAAGCCAUUCUAAUAUGAUUGAGGUGCUUUUACCCUGAAGAGCUUUUAUGGCUUCAUUCGUGCAUGAAUAAAAAAGGGGCUCUGUUCCUUUAUACACAUUAUGUUGUAUAUUUUAUCAGCAGUAUCUACCUAGUAGUACCCCGUUUAUGUGCCAUUGGGGUAGGGUGCCUUGUAGAAAUCACUCAAGGUUCUUCUUUAAAGUAGCACAUCGUUUUUUCACUUAUUUUCAACUUUGUGAUGGAAAUAUUUCUUGCUUUAGAAUAUGUUUUCUUGCUUUUGCAAACAGAACUCCCUAAAGAUAAUUUAACCUUUUCAGGGUCAUCUUUUAUGUUUUUAACUCUUUCAGGUUCUACUUAAGCGUGCUAAGUAGAACUGCACAGGGCCAGCACGCUUGCUAAAGCGGAGGGCAGUGAACGAGAGGAAGACCUUCAAUGCGAUGGAUGACUCAGUGGCUGCAGCAGCGGCUCCCACAUACCGCCCACUGUGAGCCUGGAGCGGGACCCAGCUGUGUUUGCCAGAUGACGCCUGACAACAACAACAACAACGCACCGGCCUUGCCGCGACUGGCUGCGAUCUGUGUAUUUCUUAGUGGUUAGAAUUGUUCUCUCGCUCUCUGUCUUGCUGUCAGUUACUUCCCUCUGCCUUCUCUGGGCCUACCUCGAGGAACUUCCUCCAUUUUGCUAUGGGGUUGAAAGGUCAGGUAAUGAUGUACUAUGUGCCAAGUAAUAGUAAACAGGAUCUGCAUAGGCUCUGAUAAACUUUUCCAAGAAUAAAAUGAGUGAACCUUGCUGUUUUGA